AUGAGCACUCCUGCCCCGGCCGCCUCGGCGCACCCAGACCCCUCCCCGUACGCCUACCACCUCACCCGCGUGGCCUUCACCUCCGAUGACAUCAUGAGGGCCACGGCGGACGAGCGCAGCUGCCUGGCCUUCUGCCAAGCCAAGGAGCUGCUGGUUGCCCGCAUGCUGUGCUCGGAGUGUGACGGGGACAUGCAUCUGCGCCCGCCAGUACCGGGGGCCACGGAGGAUCGCGCUAAGCGCUGGAGGUGGCGGUGCUCGCGCAAGGCCUGCAGGAAAGAGCGCAGCCUGCGUACCGGAUCCUUCUUCGCGAAGGCGAAGUUGAAGCUCUGCCAGUGCGUCCGCCUCAUGUACUUUUUGGCGUCAAGCCUCCCCGCCGGCUUGGCCAAGUCGUGGGUCGCCGUCAGUGACAAGACCGUCACCGAAUGGUACUCCUACUGCAGGAACAUCUGCAGCAAGGAGAUGCUUGCUCGUCCGAUGCAGGACUGCAGGCUAUUCGGCGGCGUUGAUCGUACGUCAGGUCGCUGGUUUGGUGUCCUGACGUACGAUAGUCGUAAGAAGAAGACGCUAAGUCCGCUUAUCAAAAAGCAUAUCAAGGCGCACACGGCGAUCAUGUCGGACCAGUUCACCUCCUACGUGUCCACGAACCUGCUGCACACGCUCGAGAACAACCACAUGCUCAAGAGCAUGAAGUACACCCAUAAGUGGGUGACUCACUCGAAGCACUUCGUGGAGCCGGCCACUGGAGCGUGCACCAACAGUGUAGACAAGACGGAAUAUAGGCGGGUUAGCAUUGAUGUCAUAAGCUAG